CAAUGACUACGUGUGUUGGCAGAAAGAACCCUAUCAGCGUGGAAAGUGGGACAAAGCAGGUGUUACAGAGGACAAGACAUUGAAAAUAGCCUACAGUCAGCUGAAUGGCUCUGGUCCCUAUUCGAUAAUCAAUGAAACGGAACGUCUUAUCCGGAAUACCUUUGGAACUUUUUCUAUUAUUGUACGAGAGUGUCCUGAACACAAGUACGGCAGAGAAUGCAGCGAGUGGUGUCCCGAUUGCAUGCACGGGGGGGAAUGCAGCGCCGCGGGGGGGGAGUGCGUCUGCGCCCCGGGGCUUUCAGGGCACCGCUGUCAGGCCAAAUGCGAAGAGAACAAAAUUGGAAAAAACUGCAAUAUUGACAUAGAUGGCAACGGCAAACAAAUCUGCCUGCCGGCUCCCUUCGGCUGCCAGUGCGCCCCGGGCUACACGGGGCCGAAGUGUCAAACAGAAUGCCCCGAAGGCUCCUGGGGAGCGGGCUGCCUUCAGACGUGCUCCCAUUGCAAAGGGGGUUGCACUCCGGUCGCUGGGCUAUGCAACGGAGACGAGCAAGCAGACUGCGUUGGAGGUGACCUAGGACUCCCCCGGCUUCGAAAACCCCCAAGGAUCGAGGCGAUCAAGCAUGACAGGGCGACAGUGACCUUUGAGCCCUGGAAGAAGAACUACGACGACGGAGAACUGCCCGAGGGUGCAUCGGUGACGAACUACAUCGUUAUGUAUUGGGUACAAGGUGAUCAGGAGAGCGCCUCCAAUGUAUCAUCCUGGAACAGCGAAAUACAGCUUCUUGAACUGAUAGGAAAGACAAACUACACGGUUAAGGUUCUUGUCCAGGUGGCUGACGGGGAGAAGACGUGCUAUGAAGAUGGUGAGAAACGGGGAAGAGUCCACGCUGUAAAUUUCACAACAGUUUGCCCUGACACACUGCCGGAAGUGAAAGGUGUUCAAACGACGCUGAAAACACCGACAUCUUUAACCAUUGAGUGGGAGGAAGUACCGUAUCUCACCCGAUGUGAUCUAGAAUAUAUCUUCGAAUUAUUCAAUCUUGAAUCGACUCGCAUCGACAUACAGCAUUUGCAAACAGGGACAUUUACAGUGAAUAAGCUGACACCCUUUACGAACUACACUUUUCGAGUGUCGACAAAAAAUCGUAUAACGAACGAAAUGACAAAAUCAGGUCUAUUUGAGACGAGGACCAAUCCCACAGUACCUGAACCGCCUUCAUUAACCAUACGACAGACAAACCCAGAAUCAGUCCUUCUGUCUUGGGUCUCCGUCGCCGAAGGCUCUGUGUUUUACGAGUACAGUUACACAAAGUAUCCCGUCUUGUGCGAGGGAGACAACUCCUUCGUCGACAGAAACACCACAGAGCGGUCUGUGAACAUUUCUGUCUGUCCUUAUUGCGAGGUCGUCCUGAAGGUCAAGGCUGGGAACGAAGAAGGAAAAACAGACGACGUAUCAACGGAUUUUCGAACCCAAGCUGCCCGUCCAACGAGCCAAAUGGAGAGCAUUCAGUGUUCGUCCGACGCGUGCAGUGCCUCCCUGAAAGGUACUUGCCAUACUUACAAUGGACCUAAAAUGGCUAUCGAAUACACCUUCAUCCCUGAGGACGGCGACCGGCGCACGUGCCACGAGAAGACGUUCAACGAAAGCCAAACCUCUCGGCGACUUCCCAUUGGGGAGGACCUCGAUCUCAACAACUUGGAGGAGAAUCUACUUCGACACACGAAAUACAGGGUGACGGCCCUCGCAGCAAACAAAGAGGGUGUAGCAGCGGAAACCCUGGGCAGACACACAACGAUGGAAACCAAACCCACAGCUCCCCUCCAUGUGAGAAACCUACAAGUUAAUGGAGCCGACAAUAGUCUCACUUUAACCUGGGAGGAGCCGGAGGACUGCCCACCCACGGGAAAAAUCAAAGAAUAUGAGAUUUCUUGGAAAACGGCUGCUGCCUCGUGGUCCCAGCCGGCGAAAACUACAUACACGCGAUACGUCAUUGGCAGUUUGGUAACCGAUACGAUGUAUGUGGUCAAGGUCGCAGCAAGAAACGAGGGCGUAGAAGAGCUCGGUCCGUCAGAGGAGCGUGAAGCGAAAACGGAAGAAGGAAAGCCGAGUGUCCCCCGAAACAUGGCGAUCACAGACGCCACAACAACACAGAUCGCUGUGACGUGGCAGGCGCCGGAGUUCCCCUCAGGCGAGGUCGCAGGCUACGAGGUCGGCCUCCAGGCGAUAACUGGCGGAGUGAACGGCCGACCGAAGAAUUUAACGGCUGCUGACCGGACGUAUGCGUUUGAGGGACUGAUGCCCGGUCACCAGUAUAACAUCACAGUGAAGGUCUGCAACAGCAAACUGUGCAGUGACCGCGCCUGGGCUCUGAGCUGGACCGUGCCUGAGGCUCCGGGCGUGCAGGGCCAAGUGACGUGGAUCAGCAGCCAGUCGUCAGCCACAACGGUGUCUUUGCCGUACAUUCUUCGCAGUUCUUCAGUAGACGUUAAUAAUAAGCAGUACGUGGUGGUAAGGAAGGAUGAGGGAGACACAACCAAGUGGAGAGAUAAGAGUUAUUUGAUUAGCCUUGCCGAAAGACUGAAGGAUAACAAACAGCUCGAUAGAAGCGAUGUCAUUGAAUGGUUAUGCGCUGUUCUCGAGCAUGACGAGGUAGCGAGGGCACCAGACGUCAAGUUUACCAUUGGAGACAACAAGACACGCCACGGCAUACAUAACCAUCCCCUUGAAGGUGACAAGUGUUACCUGGUAGCAGUGAUCUCUGUGGCGGCAGCUGGUCCUCACGAAAGGUACCACGUGUCAGAUACAAAGUCACUGUGCAAAGGACAAAAACCAGUACUUGUAGCAUCUGGCGUCCUUUUUGGCAUCGUUCUCUUGGCGGCGCUGACUGCAAUGGCCGUGCGACUGAGAUAUAGGAAACAAAAAGGCAUCCCAACCGCAGAGCACUAUAAUGGGCUGAUAAGCAGAUCGGAGCCUUCCCCCGUGUCGGAAAAUCCCACGCAGACUAAUCCUUCGUUCGUUCGGCGAGAAACGACAGAGUUCGCGGCGUCUCAAGAGCCCAUGCGGGAAGAUCAUCGGGAAUCCCACGUGUAUGAGAACUGCAGCCGGAGAAUCACGCUGGAGCACAUUGAGGCUUAUCUUGCAAGGGCUAUUAACUCGCAAGAUAUUGAUUUUGAGUUCAAGGGUGUUCCGAUUUCCAUGCAAAAGAGCUGUUCGUAUGGAGAGCGAAUGGAGAACAGACGCAAGAACAGAUACCGGAAUAAUCUUCCAUAUGACGACACUCGGAUCGCGCUCCCUCUGCUGCCCGAUCAGCCUGACUCCGAUUAUAUCAAUGCCAGUCUUAUCACGGGUCACGUGGAAGGCACCGACUACAUCGCAACCCAAGGCCCCAAAGACUAUAAGAACGACACGGUGCCCGAUUUCUGGAGGAUGGUGUGGCACUGUAGGUCGAACAUCAUCGUCAUGGUGGCAAAUCUGGUCGAAAACGGGCAGAUGAAAGUCGCACAAUAUUGGCCGGAAAAUCAGCCGAUCUUCUGCGGUGGUUUCCAAGUCAGCCUUGUGGAGGCGGAGGUUAAGGUUGAAUACGUCAUUCGUAGGAUGUUACUUACGUAUCAGAAUGAAGUGCGAAAGGUCACGCAAUACCAGUAUACAGCUUGGCCAGAUCACGGCGUCCCUCACAAUCCGUUCGGCUUGGCGCUUAUGGUGUCCGCUAUCAGGGAACAGCAGGUCGAAGGGCCUACGAUCGUCCACUGUAGUGCCGGCAUCGGACGCACGGGCACGAUCCUGUUCGUCCUCCUCUCCCUCGACCAGAUACAGACCUCGAGUUACUUUGACGGACUCGAGGUCCUCCUUCAGCUGAGGAACGGGAGGCCGAGACUCAUCGAAAACACGAUUCAGUACAACUUCGGCCACCGCAUUCUCCAAGAAUAUCUGUUCGGCAUCCACACCAGCUUUGCCUGUGGAGAUUUCCCGAAGGAGCUCCCGAGGUUGCGCGAGACGGAGUCGGAGAACGGAGCAUCUGCGUUGGAAAUGCAGUAUAAGAAACUGAAGAAUCUCCCAAAGGUUUUGUCAUUUAUUAUGGCCAAGAACCCAGCCUGUGCAAAUCGCAACAGGAAUCCUGACAUUCUGCCAGCUGACAACAGAAUGGUGUUCGUGCAGAGUUUGGGAGGCGGUUUAGAGAAUCAGUAUAUAAAUGCAGUGAAGCUCAACGCUUUAGACCGCAAGGAUGCAUAUAUUGCAGCAGAGCACCCCCAGCUCCACACCAUGCAAUCUAUGUGGGCGCUUGUGUACGAAAGACGAAUUCCAGUAUGGGUCCUUUUGCAAUCCUUCCCUGAGGAUGAUCAGGAGUACCCGUCGGUCAUCCCAGCCGUGGAGAAGCAACUGGUGGGACUAUUCGAGCUGACUCUCACAGGCCUGCAGUCCUAUCAGAAUUUUGUAGAAUACUACGUAGAAAUUUCCGUUCAGGGAUCGCCAAUGGUAUCAUCCCACAUGGUCGUCCUGGUCGUGAUGAACGGCUGGCCGCACGACCAGGAUCUCCCGUCCUCAGUGGACCCUCUCUUGGCAGUGUUAGAGCGAACGGAAUCUCUCAACGACCCCAUGACCAGCGCUCUCGUUACGUGCAGAGACGGCGUGGCAGCAACAGGAGUCAUGAUGGCUCUCCUUGUCUUGAUAGAGAGGAUUAAACUCUUUCAAGAAGUUGAUGUUUAUCGAUCAGUUCAAGAGGUCAUCUACGCUCGGCCACAGUUCAUUACCAGUGUUGAUCAAUACGACCUCCUUUAUGAAGCUGCGGCUACAUAUCUGGAAGCCUAUAACACGUACGGAAAUUUUAACUGAAUUAAAAUUGAACUUUAGGAGCAGAUGUUUAUCAUAUUCAGAAAAACUUGAGACACCUUUUCUGGCGGAGGUCCUCUUCAGCUAUGAUUGGCUAAUACGCGAGACAGCUCAGCGUUGAUUGGCUGCGGAGUCAGACAGCUCCACGGUGAUUGGCUGCGGCGCGAGACAGCUUGCCGAUGGUUGGCUGUCAGGCCCGAGAUACUGGUCCAGCUCUCUGUACGAAGUGUCUCUGAAUAUGAGCGAUGGUGAGAAAAAGGUAAUGAUUUUUUACAUGAAACAAGAGAAUCGGCUUUAUCUAUGGUGACAUUAGUAUAUAUUUGUCUUCACCAACACCCACAGUUAGAUGGACAGAUGGAUAAAUAGACAGAUAGAGGGUUUGUUAAGUGAUUAGUGACGUAACUCGGCAUGAAAGGCAAAGAACGUCUAGGUUUCCAAAAAGUUAUAUUCAUUUUCUCUCAUUUUGUAUCAAAUGCCGAUAUUUGCAUAUCUCUAUCUAUCUAUCUAUCUAUCAAUCUAUCUAUAUACAUAUAUAUGUAUAUAUAUAUAUAUUUGUAUAUAUAUAUGUAUGUAUAUAUAUAUAUAUAUAUAUAUAUAUGUAUGUAUGUAUGUAUGUAUGUAUGUAUAUAUAUAUAUAUAUAUAUAUAUAUAUAUAUAUAUAUAUUCUUGAGUGACGACAUCUCAUGCAAAAUUUGGCUAUAUGUAGCUCUUGUUCAUUUCGUAGAUUUUGUAUAUAGUUGAUAGACUACGAUUAUGAAUAUUUACAACACUCAGAUUUGAUUUUCUUAUAAUGUGUAUGAUUCAGAAUCAUCAGUCUCUUUCGGUAUGUUCUCUCUUAUUUGUCUUUUACUUCCCUUCUUUUAACUUGUCACCAGAACAUGCCCAGUGUAAAUACUACAUAGUACAGAUUUAAUAUGUUGUAAGUAUAUUUCUAUACCUCAUGCUGUUAACAUACCAGUGCAGUUAGGCGAUAUAUUUGAUAUAUAUCUUUAAUAAGUAUGUUGUACAUUUGAAUUUCUUCCGUUUUAAGUAAUAGGCCUACAUGAGAAAAACAAUAUUUGUGAUCAUAAUAGCGAAUACUUUACUUGAGAAAUGUAUGUUCUUAACAUUGUAUAUUUGUCAUAUUGUAUUUGUCCCUCGUUGAUUUUAUAAGUUUUGUUUAUUCCAAGAAUUUUAAAGAAUUGAUUGCAAUAAAUUUCUAAAAGAUAUAAAGGAGAAUCAAUAAAUACAAUAAACCUGUCAAUAUAACAAAGUUUCAGUACCUCGUAUUGAUCAGAAUGUAACA